AAUAUAAAUGCAAGAAAGCCUCCGAGAGAGCUCAAUAAAAGCCUUCCACCCGUCAUUCUAGGAGGAUAAGAGCAAGAUACUGUUAACAAGUGCAGGAAAUGGCUUUCGGAGUUUCAAUAUCAGUCUAUAUCUUAUUCAACGCUGUGACAGCAUUGACUGAAGAGGCAGCCAGGACUGUAACACCCCCAAUCACAACCCAGGAAAGUGACUGGACCAUUAACAAAACAGAAGCUGGCUACACAGAAGGACCCAUAGCGUUGAGGGUCUCACAUCCUUGCCUGGAAGACCACCAUAGUUACUGCAUCAAUGGUGUUUGUGCAUUCCACGAUGAGCUGGAGAAAGCCAUCUGCAGGUGUUUUGCUGGUUAUACUGGAGAAAGGUGUGAGCACUUGACCUUAACUUCAUAUGCUGUGGAUCCUUAUGAAAAAUACAUUGCAAUUGGGAUUGGCGUUGGAUUAUUAUUAAGUGGUUUUCUUGUUAUUUUUUACUGCUACAUAAAAAAGAGAAUAAAAUCUGUUAAUAUCAAUUGUGGAUCAAUUGAUAUAAAAUCUGUUAUAUCAGUUGCCUAAGAGACCAAGAAAGAAAAUAAAAAAGGAAGUAAGACCUUUUAAUAUUAACAAGAUAGCUGUCUGGGAUCAGGUUCCCUAAAAGCUGAACCUAAGAUAGAGACUCCUGACUGAGUGAUGACUGGUCAAGGGAAUGCUCAAAGGUGAAAUCUGUAAUGAAGUAGGAAAACUAGAACAGAGGAAGAAGGUAAGCAAAGAUGUAGUUUAGCUGAAGUCUAUCCUCAGCCUGAUUCCAAAGGGAGACCUAGAACAUGACUGGCAUCGCUGACCCAUCCCAAGAAGGUGAGGGAUCUUGGUUGUAGUACCCAGCAUCAUCAGGCAUGGGUGUCAGAGUGCUCCUGGCAGGGGCUUGGAAUCUCCUAGGAAUCUUCAGGCAAAGUCCUCUCUUGGCUGAGGACAAUCUUCUAGAGAAGGAUGGUACUGUGAGCCUUAUUAACUAACACCCACAACUGCUGGGGGAUGGGUAUACCAGUGGGUAAAGAGGAUAUGGGUGGGAUACCAAGAGCAAUUGCUACACCAGAGCAUUUAUAUAAUCCUCAAUAAGCUAUACAAACAGCAAAUUCAUAUGAAAACCAAUACUCUGUUUCAGGUGUCUAAAACUGAAAUCACCUUACAAUGUCUGUUCCGGAGGAAGACCACUAUGAGGCCUUUGUAAGAAAUUUUCAUGAGUCAUUGGUGAAAAUCAGUGGGCCCAAAACUGAAAUUUUCAAGUGAAACAACAAAACUUCCUAAGCUGACUAGAAAGUUGGGAUCACGAUGAAACAAGAGAAUAAAUUUCAACAUUGGUCCUUUGGCUUUGCCAUUUUUAAAGUGCCACGGGAGCCAAGGAAACAAGGUACAGUGACAGAGGUCAAGUUCACAGUCCUACUCUGGGUUUGUUGCUGUCGUGUGAUUAUUGUUCUCACUGCAGAGAGACUGAGUUUUGUGCUUCUGACUACGUCAGAUGUGAAAUUUCAUGGGAAUAAUUAUCAACCUUGCAGCCAGCCAAAGCAAUGCCAAGCUUGGAUCCUUCACUAUGCUUGCUACCAGGAUUCUGGACCACUGCUCUACGGACCAAAUCCCAAACAUGAUGCUUUCAUGGUGUCUAAAAGAAUGCGAUGUCAGCUAUUCAGAUGACAUUCGUAUUAUGGCACCUCCAGUGAACCAAACUUAUGAUUAAAGUCUAAGCUAGAGAAAAGAAAUGGAAUGUCCAAGGCAAACAUAAUGAUACCCAACUUGUGACAACACUGUGAAAUAUGGAAUAAGCUAAAGAGUUUCUGAUGACUGAAAGCUACCUGGAUAUUGAGCCCUGAGGAGGCAAAAAGGUUUUGUUUCUGCAUGGAUUAUAAAAUUUUGUGUUGGACUCACUGGUCCCCGAAUGCUUAUGUUCAUCACUUUCUCCUAUUGUUAGUGGAAUUACCUGGCGAUUAUCUAUUUGGACUGAAAUUCUAAAAUUCUACUAACAAAUAAAAUUCUACAAUUGGCUCUGAAAUAGAAACCGAAGAACUUGACAUAAGAAUUUUUCACCAGCCAACAGCGGGUGGACAUUUUCUUUACCAUUUCUGGGUACCGGAGAGAAGAUUUGCACAGAGGGAGAGAAAACGGAAUAUUGGUAGAAAUAACAAUUUGAGAAUUAGGGUCCUUCCUCUCUAAUCAUAUUUCUUCCACCUAAUUCGAAUAGUCUUGUUCAGGUCCCUUAAUUUCUUUGGGCUUUGAUCAGUUUGUACAAUGUCCUUCUAACUCUAAAAUUUGAUUGUGACAGAAGAGAGAAUAUUUUCCACCUCUCAACUCCCUCUCUGUCCCUGAUCUCACCUCUCACCCCACUGGAUAUCAUUUUAGGUGUAUAUUUUAUUAUUUGGUUUGUAAGAUAAUAAUUUAGGAAUUUGUUUUUAAAGGAAGUAAAACAUGAAAUUAAAAAUAAUAAUAUCUACCA